CCAAAAAGUUGCAUGCUGGGAAGAUGGGCGACACUGAGGAUGCUAGCGUCGUUAGUAACGUGGACUGAGAGGACGGGGAACCAAGUCGUUCUUGCGGCAAAUGACAUCAAUCGUGUUUCCAAGUGUAGAUUCGUCCAAGCUACAAAGUCUCCGUCGGUCAGUGUGAAUAUACACCAACCCAUGUCCACUGCAGCUGGGCAGGCAGAGCGAGUCAAAUUGAAUUCCUAGCAGUGUAGCUAGUUAGCGCAACUAUAGUACCUUAGUUAGUUUGCAAACGACGGUAUCAUUGCAUGGACGGCCACGACCAUUAAGUUAGAGUAUUAUGCCAUUAUUAACUUUUAAGUGAAAUGGUCAAUAUAGGUUGUCAAGGUUUUCACUGACGGGCUGGUUGUCACGCUUAUGUUUGACAGCUAACACUGCUGCUAACGUUAAUUCGUCACCGGAUUAGAUUGUUAGCUAACUAGUUAAUUUACGUAACUAGCUAAAUUAUCUAACAGUCGGCGUGUCAUCAAGUCCCCUAGAAGGCAAGGCCUUUAUUGGGCUACCAAGCGAAAUAUCCCUUUGAUAUAACUUCGUUAAUAACUAGCUAGCUACUACUGAGCUUUGUGGGAAAUUAUUGGGAGUGUCAAUGUCAGAUGAAUUGUUAUUGUUCCCUGCUAGAUAGAACACCACCACCCAUCUGGAUAUCCCUCUCCUGCGUUGACAUCAUGUGUAGUGUGCAGUGCCCCAGCGGUGGACUAGCCCAUGUACUAUGCUGUGGCUGCACUCCGGCCCGGGCCUCCUGAGCUGUGGCAGCAUCAUCAUCCCCUCGCCCCUCUGCCCACGACACGCCUGCCGCCCUAGUGUCCUUGCCCUCGCUGGCAUGUACGCUACCCGCCUGUACAGCUCAGGAGGUGGGGGAGGAGGAGGGGGAAAGCCAGGGCACUGGCCGGGCCUGGGGGGUAGAGGGAUGCCCAUGCUGGAGAACCACCACCCCUACCACGUGCACACUCCAACCCCCAGCUACCCGCCCCUCUACCAGGGGCGCCCUGACCCUCACCGGGGGCCCCACUUCCACAGUCACCACCACCAGCAGCACUACCACCCGCACCUGCCCCCCCCUCCUCCGCCUCCCCCCAUCCCUCUGUACGCCCACCUGCACCACCACGCCACUGUUGGCGCCGCUGGCAACAAGAAGAAGACGUGGAACUUCAUCCACGAGAAGAUGAGCUACGACACCUUCUUCACCAUGAAGAGGCUGAUAGAGCGCUCGCAUCGGGGCGAUGAGGUGCUGCGCUGGGUGACGCAGAACCCGGGCAAGAUCUCGCACAACCACUACCCCAUCGCCCUGCAGAAGAUCGGCCAGCUACUACAGGCCGGGGCUGCAGGAGGAGGCGGUGGUGACACGGAGGCAGCCCUGGUUCCCAGAGCCGGUGGAGGAGCUGAGAACGAAGGCAGACAGAUCCUGGAGCACCAGGAUUUCCAGACACUGUGCAACGCCAUCGUGAGCGACUGUGUCAAGUUCGACAACUUCAGCAUCGUCAACUGCCUGUACGCUGUGGCUGCACUAGGCCUUCCCAGCGACUCGCAGGUGGUGCAGGUGCUGGAGGCAGAGUCACAGUCACGGCUGGACCAGUUCAACCAGAAGGAUGUCUCCAUGGUGUUCAGCUCCAGCAUGAAGCUGCACCCCAGCAGCCAGCACCCCCUGACCGAGGCCUGCCUCGCAGGCUUGGAGAAGAACCUGGAGCGGGAGCGCCACCCGCAGACCCUCUUUCUGCUACUCUCCUACUACCGGCUCAAGUGGCACUCGCUGCAACCCACCGAAACUACGACGGCCGGGAACGUCGCCAAUGUACGCCCCAACCCAGAGCAGCUUCUGGCCAACAGGAAGAUCCUGCGACUGGUCAAACACACACUGGCUAGCGUAAGUGGUGUGCGCGACCAGGAGAUGGCGCUGCUGGAUGAGAUGCUGGCUGUGUGUGCACGUGAAGCUAGCAACAAGAGCCUAGAGCUCAUCUUCAGCUCGCACCUCUUCUACCAGAACAGGCAGGAGAGGUUUGUGUGCAGCCUGGCUGAGCAACUGCCUGAAAAAGUGGACAGCAUAACCCCAUUCACCAUGGCCCUCAUUGCCAAAUACAUUGCCCGCCACCGGCUCAGAGAGGUUCGACUUCUUGACACCAUCGCUGAUUUUCUUGUCAAAAAGGGUGAAUACCUGGACAGCAAGGUUAUCCAGAAGCUGGUGUUCCCCUUCAGCCGGAUGAACUACCUGCCGUCCAACAAGGUCCAGUUCUUCUCCAAGCUGGAGGUGGUGCUGGAGCUUAAGGCCCUGAGCUCCCCGUUAGCCACCGUCAACAUCCUCAUGUCCCUGUUCCAGCUGGGCCACUUUCCCGGCCUGGUGCUGCACAGGGUCUUCUCCACUGCCUUCAUCAGCAACGUCACCAACAGUCCUUAUGCUCUCAUCGUGCUUCGCUACUUGUCUCUGUUGGACGCAGCGGUUGAACUGGAGUACCAGGACUACACCGGUCCACGGCUCCAGGACACGCACAAGGUGCUCAUGUUUGACCAUGCGCUGACCGCUGAUGAGGUCAACCGCAAAUACAGCUACAAGGGUCUUGUAGCUGAAGCCCUCAGACAAUUGGUUGGAGAGCAUGGCUACAAGCAAGAUGAAGUCCUGGCCCCUGGGUAUUACACAGACUUCCUGCUGUGGAUUGAUAGCUCUGGCCGAGUUCUCCCUAUCCGGACAGGGGCAGGGACCUCCCUAGGUAUGGCCCCCAAAACCCCAGAAGGAUCCGCAGCCGUGACAGCCCUCACUUCAGACUUUCAAAAGUUCUCCCCCUUCGCCCCACUAGAGGUAGGGAGGGACCAGCGACCCGUCGAGGGGGAUGAUGCGGUGAACUUUCUGCCCUACCACAUGCAGCGAGGGGCAAACCCUUCCUCGGCCCAGAGGACGGGCCCUAACGGCGGGGGCCCUCUGGACUACAACCCUUACUACACGUCGGCCGAUUACUACUACAGCCUGGCCAAGGAGCACUCUUUGGAGAGCCAAGACAGCUCCACGCUCAGCAGCCCUCCCUCAGACAGCCUGGCACAUCCAGGGGCCUCCGGGGUAGGGGGAUCUGCCACGGCUGCCCCCAAUUCCCUCUUCCAAUUCUCCAUUGGAAAAAUCCUGGAGGAUGAGGGAGGGGUGCAGGUGGGGCCGGCGAGUCAGGGGCUCAACUGCGAGCUUCCUGCAUUCUAUGAGGCAAACGGGGACGUGAAGCCCACCUCACCACUUCAACACCCGGCUGAUCGAGCUGGGGACCAGCAGCAGCUCAAGAGAGUGGUUAUGUCGGUGAAUGACAAGUGGCACUACUGUCACAACUCUGAGGUGCUGGUGGGCUCCCGGGCCAUGAGAGACCGUCACCUGCUGCUCCUGGGAUACGUCAUUCUGCAGCUGCCCUAUCAUGAACUGGAGAAGCUGAAUGGUAUAGAGGAGGUGAAGCAGUACCUCCACAAAAAGCUCCUGGAGGUCCCCUUAUGACAACAAAAGACUUGAGUGUGUGUGUGCGCGAGUGUAUGCCAUUUUGGCGGCUUGGAAUAGGACGGUUAUUGGUGGGAUUGGGAAAGGGGGCUUUGUUUGAGGUGGAAGACAAACCCUGGUCAAAGUCUAAAACGGAAGAGUUUCUGGCAACUUGCAUUAAUCAAAAUGGUGCCAGCCUAUUUGCAACCAGUUGAUGGCAUGUGUAGUGUCAGGUUGCCACACUUGUUGUCAAUGCAAUCUUGUCAUUGUCACUUCACAACGGUUCAAAUCUAAUUUUAUUGGUCACGUACACAUAAUUUGCUAAUCAAAUCCAAAUCAAAUCAAAUUUAUUUAUAUAGCCCUUCAUACAUCAGCUGAUAUCUCAAAGUGCUGUAUAGAAACCCAGCCUAAAACCCCAAACAGCAAGCAAUGCAGGUGUAGAAGCACGGUGGCUAGGAAAAACUCCCUAGAAAGGCCAAAACCUAGGAAGAAACCUAGAGAGGAACCAGGCUAUGUGGGGUGGCCAGUCCUCUUCUGGCUGUGCCGGGUGGAGAUUAUAACAGAACAUGGCCAAGAUUUUCAAAUGUUCAUAAAUGAUCAGCAUGUUCGAAUAAUAAGAAGGCAGAACAGUUGAAACUGGAGCAGCAGCACGGCCAGGUGGACUGGGGACAGCAAGGAGUCAUUAUGUCAGGUAAUCCUGGGGCAUGGUCCUAGGGCUCAGGUCCUCCGAGAGAGAGAAGGAGAGAAUUAGAGAACGCACACUUAGAUUCACACAGGACACCGAAUAGGACAGGAGAAGUACUCCAGAUAUAACAAACUGACCCUAGCCCCCCGACACAUAAACUACUGCAGCAUAAAUACUGGAGGCUGAGACAGGAGGGGUCAGGAGACAUAUAUAGCUAAUGUUAUCGCAAGUGUAGCAAAAUACUUAUGUUCAUAGCUUCAAAGUACAGUAAUGCCUAAAAAUACAAAAACAGUACACGCAAAUCUAAAAGAAAGGAAUUAAGAACUAAAUAAAUAUUAGAACGAGCAAUGUCAGUCCGAAACCCCCAAAAAUUCACCAUAUAUACAAAAGUAUGAGUGGAUUUGGCUAUCUCAGCCCCACCUGUUGCUGAAAGGUGUAUACAAUUGAGCACACAGUCAUGCAAUCUCCAUAGACAAACAUUGGCAGUAGAAUGGCUCAGUGUCUUUCAACGUGGCACCGUCAUAGGAUGACACCUUUCCAACAAGUCAGUUCGUCAAAUUUCUGCCCUGCUAAAGCUGACCCAGUCAACUGUAAGUGCUGUUAUUGUGAAGUGGAAAUGUCUAGGAGCAACAAUGGUUCAGCCGCAAAUUGGUAGGUCACACAAGCUGAUAGAACGAGACCGUUGAACAGCGUAGCGCGUAAAAAUCAUCUGUCUUUGGUUUCAACACUCACUACCGAGUUCCAAACUGCCUCUGGUAACAACGUCUGCACAAGAACUGUUCAUCGGGUGCUUAAUGAAAUGGGUUUCCAUGGCCGAGCAGCCACACACAAGCCUAAGAUCACCAUGCGCAAUGCCAAGCGACUUUGGAGUAGGGGAAAUCGUUCUCUGGAGUGAUGAAUCACGCUUCACCAUCUGGCAGUCUGACAGACAAAUCUGAGUUUGGCAGAUGCCAGGAGAAUGUUUACCUACCCCAAAACAUAGUGCCAACUGUAAAGUUUGGUGGAUGAGGAAUAAUGGUCUGGGGAGGUUUUUCAUAGUUCGGGCUAGGCCCCUUAGUUCCGGUGGAGGGAAAUGUUAAUGCUGAAGCAUAUGACGACAUUCAAGACGAUUCUGUGCUUCCAAUUUUGUGGCAACAGUUUGGGGAAGGCCGUUCCCUAUUUUGACAAUGCCCUCGUGCACAAAGCAAGGUUCAUACAGAAAUGGUUUGCUGAGAUCGGUGUGGAAGAAUUUGACUGGCCUAUGCAGAGCCCUUACCUCAACCUCAUCGAAUACCUUUGGGAUGAAUUGGAACGCUGGCUGCAAGCCAGGCCUAAUCGCCCAACAUCAGUGUCCAGGGGGGACCAACUCCAUAUUAAUGCCCAUGAUUUUGUAAUGCAAUGUUUAACAGGCAGGUGUCCAUAUACUUUUGGUCAUGUCGUGUAGAAGCUGUUUUUCAGUCUCUCGGUCCCAGCUUUGAUGCACCUGUACUGUCUCCGCCUUUUAGAUGGUAGCGGUGUAAACAGGCCGUGGCUCGGGUGGCUGAGGUCCUGUGACACUGGUUGCUGUAGUCCUGGAGGGCAGGCAGUGUGCCCACGGUGAUGCGUGGGCGCACAGCACCACCCUCAGGAAAGCCUUGUGGGUGCGGAUGGUGCAGUUGCCGUACCAGGCGGUGAUACAGCCCGACAGGAUGCUCUCAAUGGUAACAUCUGUUGAAGUUAGUAGUUGUCUUAGGGGCCAAGCCAAAUGUAUUCAGCCUCGUGAGGUUGAAGAGGCGCUGUUGAUCUACGGACUAUUUCUAAUAUAUCACAAUAGCGUGACAAAAUAGUUGUGUUCAUUUUAGAUUUUGACCAGCGUAUUUCUAUAGUUCUAGUUUUGAUCAUGGUUUGGUGUGAACGAGUGGGAAGUAAGUUGUUGUUAUUAUUAUUAUUAUUAUUAUUAUAAUAAUAGUCAUACGGAGAUGACAAUGUUCUGGUGGUGUAUGAAAAAAUAAGUCCCUUUUUAAAAUAAAAAAAUAAAUGUUUUAUUGAACUGCAGUUGUAACGCAUGUUGGGACUGUGUAAUAGGUUCGCUACGGACGUCAGAACCGCAACAGUUCAUUCGGAUCAAAUGUAACUGGGUGACAUGGGGUUUAUUGAGACUAACAAAUGGGACCUCUUCAUUGUGUUUUCUAAUACUUGUGUGUGUCUGUAAAUGAGGGAUGAGGAUGGAUAAAUUAAGUUAAUGAAAAAAAAAGUGUUAUAUUUUUGUCUUCGCUAGAAUGGCUUUUCCGUUGUCCAGAACUAAGCAAUGCACGUUGGAGCAUCUAUUUUCUACUGGGUUUCUUUGUUUUGUCGUUGGUACUUAUGACAUUCAAUGAAUGACUUCAUUCAGAGAGGAAUUUGUGAUUCCUUAAGUGAGUUUCCACCAUUGCAUUGACAAUGGGGAAUUGCCAGACACCAGUCUAGUUAAAUUAGGUGUAUUGCUAUGAAAUAGACAAGUGAAUACAGUUAAUCUGAAAACCUUUUUGUUUUCUCAGUGGCAUUUGAAAUGGAACCCUGACCUAGAUUUUGCAUGAUUGAGGUAAUGCGUUAAGUCAUGCAGUGGUUUGCAUGGACAAAUUGGUGUUUGAUACUGGACUUGCUGAAAAUGACCCAUUUUAUUUCAAGUUGUCUCAAAGCAAUACAAAUAUUUGUAGAGACAGUCCAUUACCUUUUUACAGGACCCCAAAGACUUGGAUUUUGUUAGGUUGGCAGAAAUGGCUCAUGGGAUUUGUAAUUGUGGUUUCGCCCCUGUAUUACUAGGUGUUUUGUCUUUGCUCUCAGUUUAUGUAGCCGAUCAGGAAGAGAAUAGGGUAAUGCCAAGGAUUUAUAUUUACACUAGAUGACUGAGGGCACUGUGAUGAAGUCACCGUGCCUCCAUCUUGACACUCCCCAGGCAAAGCUAAAUGCAAUUAUUUUAAGGACCAAGGAUCAUUUUACUAUAAGACCCCUUGAAGUAUGAAAAAAAAGUAAAUUAUUUGAUAGAAGAAAGAAAUGGGGCCUUACUACUUUUAGCCCAUGCAAACACAUUGUAUAACAUUCACUACAUGAAACGGCUAGCCCCCACCCAAAAAAAUUAUCUAAAGGAAGUUUGUUCUGAAGUGUCUGUCCCUUAUGUGAAAGAUCAGGAUUUCUUUUUUUUUCUUUUUAUGUUUACAUGUAUCUAACCCCUUUCUUUUUUGGCAAUAUACAUUUUUUUCAACUGGUACCAGGGGCCCUUCAGACAAAAGCAACCGACAUGUACGUGUUCGUGAGAGUCAUCUUUCCAUAGAGGGUUCAUAAUAGUAUGUAGGCCAAACUGUUCGGAUGCCACAGACAAUUGUGUGAGAAGAUGGAUUUUCAGGAUGUCUUAUGGUCUGACAAACACGGCGCAAGCUGUCUUUCACCGCAGAUGUGGAAGUGGUGGAUUGAGAUACAUCCAAUGCAUAAAUAAUGGGGAUGUUUUUAUGUUGUGGACACUGACCUUACAGGGUUUAUAUUAAUGAGUGCAGUUGUAAGGAUCCAUGGGCUGUUCUGAAUGCUUGUUGCAAGUCUACAAAACACUGUAAAUGCAUUAUGCACAGGUGGUUGAGUUUAUUUAUUGGUAUCACUCCUGGUACAGGGGAUGUGUAUUAUAUCUGGGGAAAGACAAGUUGAGUUUAUGCAUUUGUUUGUUUAAAUAUUGAUAUGUCUGUAUAAAAACAAAAGCAACAUGU